UCCACCGAAAAAGCAUAUUUGGUCUGCCAGAUCAUUUGAGAGGUACAUACUUCAAUUAUCAUGAGGUAUGGACUUGAAAAGAUAAAUUCCGACAAAAUAUGUAAAUUAGUGUAUUUGCAUACUUUAUUGAACAUUGCGGAAAUUACAAUUUUUCAUGUCCUGUAACAUCAUCCAAAAGCAAGGUUGGAGAAAAUCGACUCCAAAGAUAGAAAUGGUAGAUGAUUAUAACCUACUCAUUUCACCAUACACAUGGCCUAAUCAUUCAAAAGGUCUAUUAUCCUGAAAGUUGAAUGGCGGAGGGAUGAUUUGCAACAGUAAAAAAAAAAAAAGGUAAUUUUGAUUGAAACCUAAAUCUUUUUUUCAGUGGAACAGAAACUUAAGGCUGAAUAUCGCGGCACAGACAAGUUCAGAAAUAUUUUCGUAUUUUAUGUCAUACAUCGCGCGCGUGUGAAUAACUGCGCAUGCGUACAAAAAGCAACAUGGCUGCUUCCUCUAGAAAGUAUGCAUAAUUCUGUGAGGGAGGGCAAUGCUGGGUUACGCUGUUUAUGCAGGCACUGUAUACUUUAUUUGAGCGUAAUGUUUUACGAUUUUAGAUUAAACUGGUGUUCGCAAAUGCUGGCGUAAUGUGAUUUUUCUUCAUACUUGGCAAUGACUAGAGUAUCCUUGCCUACCAGAAGCUACUUGGCUAAUUUAGCAUACGCUAACUGUGUAGAAAAUGUCAAUACUGUUCAGAAAUACCAAAGGGUGGUUGCUGGACCAGUGUUCGUAUAUUAACGAAAGUUACCAGCAUUGUCUUGGACUUGAACAAAGACAAUACUUAAAAUGUUGCUUCAAAAAACAUUAUUUUGACAUUGCCAAGCCUCACAUUAGUCUCAAACCGGACGCCACUGCUGGCGGUGCAACUGCCCGCAGUCCACGGGUUGUUGAGAACAAUACAAAGGAAGUGGUUAGUGAAUUGCAUUUGGAGGAUGAACAAAUGAGAAACACUACGAAUAAAAAGAAGCGGAAACGCAAACAUAAAGAGCUGAACCAAGGAGAAAUUGAUUCACUGGUUCAUCAUGAAAAGGUCAGGAGAAUCAUUUUGGAGGGAACUGCGCUCAUAGUAGCUGAGGGUCGUUCUUGCGGUUUCUUCUGUCAAACAGAAAAUGUUGGCAAACUGCACAUUCCGAUUGAGGAUGGUCGUUUGGCAGACUUGUGCGACAUGGCAAAACAGCUUCCUCUAGUGGACAACAGUCAGCAAAAACUUGUGCAGGUUAUUGGUGAUGAUGACGAGUGUCCGAUGGAGCAACUGGACUUGUUCACACGGAUAACAGAAAACCCCCUUAACCAUGCAAGAGAAGUUUUGCUGAUGGGAGAGCGAUAUGUACUUCCACCACAUUGCAACUUCUUACUUUCCGACAUUAGCAGAAUGCAGCCCCUGGAGAACUAUGGAAAAAGGUUUGAAGCCAUUGUUCUGGAUCCACCAUGGGAAAACAAAUCUGUCAAAAGAAGCAACAGGUACAGCUUCCUGCCCUCGUCACAGCUCAAACGGCUUCCUGUCCCUCUGCUGACCGCCCCGGGCUGUCUGGUAGCCACCUGGGUGACCAAUCGUCAGAAGCACCUGCGAUUCGUGAGGGAAGAGCUGUACCCCCACUGGGGUGUGGAAGUCCUGGCCGAGUGGCUUUGGGUCAAGGUAACCAGGUCUGGAGAGUUUGUGUUUCCUCUCGACUCUCCGCAUAAGAAGCCGUAUGAAAUGUUGGUGCUGGGGAGAGUUUGCGGGAAGACAGAGCAGAAAGUCAGCUCUUCAGAAGCACCAGAGCCCGUUCUGCCAGACCACAGGCUGAUCGUCAGUGUGCCCUCAGUGCUUCACUCUCACAAGCCUUCCAUCGCAGAGGUGUUGAAAGAGUAUCUGGGCCCUGACCCGGCUUGCCUCGAGCUGUUCGCUCGCAACCUUCAGCCUGGCUGGACCAGCUGGGGGAAUGAAGUCAUCAAGUUCCAGCGUCUGAGUUACUUCGAUGUUGAACCAGUCAGCUGUCUCCCCCCCCCUCCCCUCACCCCUCCGGAUCUGCACUCAAGUGUCCACUCUGAAGCCCGACAGCCCGGUUUAAAGUGCAAGGGUUCAGCCACAGGUUUAGACCGCUCUCAAGUCUGCACUCCUAGACGGGUUAAUGAACAGAGCUCUGCCAAAGUUUAAACUGCUCUGCCAAGAAUAUAAUGAAGACAGUUUGCCCACAGGUUUACAACAUGCAGGAUUUAGGUGUUUGAGAUGAAAAUCCCAAUUUGUUUUUAUAGUCUAAGGAGCCGGAUAAAUCUCUUUUUCCUUUGAAUCCUCUAUGUGUGUAUAUAUAUUUAACCUGUAGAAUGGAAAUCUUGGGAUUCAGAACUGGUGAUGAGAUGAAAGGCAGAACCAAGUAGAGAUGUUUGGUCAGAGAUCUUGUUUUAUAUUCAUGGGAGGCCCCCAAGUUACCAGGCCAUGUUUGAACUACACUUGCCUGAUUGUUUUAAUACACAAGUGCAUGAUACUUUUUAGAUUGAGAACUAGACCAAUCUGUGCAUCUCUGAUCUGAAUUAAUCAGUGAAACUUGGGUAUUUUAAAUAUAUUUUGGUAUAUUGGAAUAUUCUGAUUUUAUUUGUUUCUAAAACAUUUACUUGUGAAGUUUGUAACAUUUUUGUAUUUUUAGUUCAAUAAAGAAAUCUAAGCUUU